AUGCCGGCGGCGCACGUGCCCGGCGAGGUGUGCCCGGAGCCCGAGCUGCCGGCCGGCCCCGGGCGGAUCCUGGUUUUUUUAGUUAAAGAAGGGGAGUUACAACUAAUCAAAGCGAAGGAAACCAAAGGAGCUGUCUAUUCGCUUAAAUCAUUCAAUGGGAAAUUAUUGGCUGCUAUUAAUCAGAAGAUCAGAUUGUACAAGUGGGUGCAGCGAAAUGAUAGGUCACAUGUACUACAAUUUGAGUGUGCCCAUGAUGGCCACGUAUUAUCUUUGUAUACUCAAACACGUGGUGAUUUCAUCUUGGUUGGAGACAUGAUGAGAUCAUUAUCGUUGCUGAUAUACAAGCACGAAGAAGGCAAGAUUGAAGAGGUGGCUAGGGAUUUAAACACAAACUGGAUGACUGCAGUUGAGAUGCUGGAUGAUGAUAUUUAUAUUGGUGCAGACAAUUGCUGUAACCUGUUUACCGUGUGCAAGUCCCCAUAUGGGUUCCUUGAGGCCGUUGGGGAGUACCAUCUGGGGGACGUGGUGAAUAGGUUGCAUCACGGUUCUCUGGUUAUGCACCACGCAGAUUCGGGGACAGGCCAGUUUCCUUCAGUCAUCUUUGGCACGGUCAAUGGCGCCAUCGGUGUGAUUGUCUCCCUUCCUUAUGACCUAUAUGCGUUCCUAGAGAAGCUGCAGUCCGUCCUUGUGAAUUUCGUCAAGGGUGUUGGUAACCUUAGCCAUGCACAAUGGCGGUCAUUCUGUAACGCCAGGAGGACCAGUUCUGCCCGGAACUUCGUGGAUGGUGAUCUGAUUGAAUCUUUCUUCAGUCUGAGCCCAAGCCAGAUGGUGGAGGUUGCGUGCGCGAUGGGUGUCCCUCCGGUUGAGCUGUAUAAGAAAGUGCAGGAGUUGACCAAUCUACACUAGUAAUAAGUAACAAGCAUAGCAACGUACAGUACUCUAGCUGCCUACCGUCAUGUAUAGCUCUAGUGAAUAUUCCUACUAUUAACUCGUUGCCAGCGUGGUACAGUAGAAUAGAUGCAUGCUAAAGGUGAUAUUUCCAGUUCUGGGCCCAACUUGGCCGCUCAAUUGCUGGUAACCCAAUGUUGUAGAUGCAGGUAACAGCCUUCAGUCUAAUUCCUUCCUUUUUGCUUUAUUGUUGGAGAGAAAUUUGGUUGUAGCUAAGAAGAUUGUACAUUUGGUUACACUUCUGAAACAAAGUCAUACUGUUGUAGACCACUCUGUUCGUGUGAUGCAUCGGCCAUCGGGUGAAAACUUAUGGGACCGUUCGGCCUCUGAACCCUGAUCUCGUCGCCCCUCUGA